AUGGGCUGCUGGGCGAACAUAGUGAGACAUCUAGAAGGGGUGGAGAUUGACGGAGUUACGUUUAAAUCAUGCUUGAGGAGUAAGUUGGGAAUUGGGGAUAAGAUUAUGUUCUGGAAAGAUAUUUGGGUUGGAGCGGUACCUCUUCAGGAUCGGUGGCCUGUUUUGUUUCGUUCUGACUUGAAGAAAAAUGAUAACGUUCGUGACCGGUUUACCUCGGAAGGUGAUAUAGCGGUUCUAAAUACGGAUUGGGUUAUGGAUUUGACUUCUGUGGAAGGGAUUUCGGAAGCCCAUGAUGCUGGUAUGUUACUGCAUCAGAUUAAGUUUUCUGGGAAUAAGGACGCUUGGGUGUGGGAGCCAGAUAAAAACGGGGUGUUUUCUGUGGCUGCUGUGAAAAAAUGGCUUCGGGGCGGGAGGUUGACGCAUGGUAUUUCAGCGAUGAAAUGGGAGAAGUGGCUCCCUAUAAAAGUUAAUUUUUUUGUUUGGAGAUUGAGGUUAGAUAGAAUACCAACGCGCAGCGCCUUGUUAAGAAGAAAUAUAAGCAUGCCGAGUUGUGUAUGUCCUUUGUGUGAGACUGGUAUUGAAACGGCUCAGCAUCUUCUUCUGGCUGAGUGUAUUUUCGCUGCAGAAGUUUGGAGUAGGGUUCACAGGUGGUGCAGAAUUGUUCCUAAUUAUAAUAACUCCAUUCUCGAUUUGCUGAAUCUGAAGGAUGUUUCGCUGAAUUCCAAAUGGGAGCAGAAGUUGAUUAGAGGUGUUUUCAUGAUUACUUGUUGGGUGCUUUGGAAGGAACGGAACAACAAAGUUUUCAAUAGUUCGAAACCUCGGGUUGUUGAGGUAGUGGCGUCAGUGAAGGCUUUUUCUUUCUUUUGGUUUAAGCAUAGAACUAGAUUUAAAGAUGUGGUUUGGAACGAUUGA